UAUGAUCUUGCGUUCAAACCGGAUGGGACUCAAUUGAUAAUUGCUGCUGGAAAUAGGCUGCUGGUAUAUGAUACUUCUGAUGGAACCUUAAUUCAGCCUUUGAAAGGACAUAAGGACACGGUAUACUGUGUGGCUUAUGCUAAAGAUGGCAAACGUUUCGCAUCUGGCUCUGCUGAUAAAAGUGUGAUAAUUUGGACUUCAAAGUUAGAAGGAAUUCUGAAAUACACGCAUAAUGACUCUAUACAGUGUGUUUCAUACAAUCCUCUUACUCAUCAGUUGGCAUCCUGCUCGUCCAGUGAUUUUGGCUUGUGGUCUCCCGAACAGAAGUCGGUCACUAAACAUAAAGCUAGCAGUAAGAUUACUUGCUGUAGCUGGACAAAUGAUGGCCAGUACCUUGCUCUGGGGAUGUUCAACGGCAUUGUCAGCAUAAGGAAUAAAAAUGGUGAUGAGAAGGUUAAAAUAGAGCGUACAGGGGGUGCUUCAUCUCCAAUAUGGUCAAUUUGUUGGAAUCCAUCCAGAGAGGAACGCAAUGAUAUCUUAGCUGUGGCAGACUGGGGCCAGAGGCUUUCAUUUUACCAGCUUAGCGGCAAGCAGAUUGGGAAGGACAGAAUGCUCAAUUUUGACCCUUGCUGUGUUAGCUAUUUUACUAAAGGAGAGUAUAUUUUACUGGGAGGUUCGGAUAAACAAGUUUCCCUCUUCACGAAGGAUGGCGUGCGUCUUGGUACCAUAGGAGAGCCAAGCAGUUGGGUGUGGACAUGCAAAGCUAAACCAGACUCCAACUAUGUGGUGAUAGGAUGCCAAGAUGGAACAAUAUCCUUUUAUCAGUUGAUUUUCAGCACUGUUCAUGGCCUUUACAAAGAUCGUUAUGCUUACAGAGACAGCAUGACUGAUGUUAUUGUCCAACACCUCAUUACUGAACAAAAAGUUAGAAUAAAAGGCAGAGAGCUUGUAAAGAAAAUUGCAAUCUACAAAAACAGAUUAGCAAUCCAGAUGCCAGAGAAAAUCUUGAUUUACGAGUUAUACUCGGAUGAUUCUUCAGAUAUGUAUUAUCGGGUGAAGGAGAAGAUAGUAAAAAAAUUUGAAUGCAAUUUGCUGGUUGUAUGUUCAGAACACAUUAUUUUAUGCCAGGAGAAAAGAUUGCAGUGCCUCUCAUUUAGUGGUGUUAAAGAACGAGAAUGGCUGAUGGAAUCUCUUAUUCGUUAUAUUAAAGUAAUUGGAGGACCUCCAGGAAGAGAAGGCCUCUUAGUUGGUCUAAAGAAUGGUCAGAUUCUGAAGAUAUUUGUCGAUAAUGUCUUUGCAAUCGUCCUGUUGAAGCAAUCCACAGCUGUGCGCUGUCUGGAUAUGAGUGCAUCCCGAAACAAGCUGGCAGUGGUUGAUGAAAACGAUACCUGCCUAGUGUAUGAUAUUCAUACCAAAGAGCUGUUGUUUCAGGAACCCAAUGCUAAUAGCGUGGCUUGGAACACACAGUGCGAGGAUAUGCUUUGCUUCUCGGGAGGGGGUUACCUCAAUAUCAAAGCUAGUAACUUCCCUGUCCACCAGCAAAAACUUCAAGGCUUUGUUGUGGGUUACAACGGCUCCAAGAUCUUCUGUCUUCAUGUUUUUUCUAUGUCAGCUGUUGAAGUUCCGCAGUCUGCACCCAUGUACCAAUAUCUGGAACGAAAAAUGUUCAAAGAAGCCUAUCAGAUUGCGUGUUUAGGAGUAACUGAAACGGACUGGAAAGAACUGGCCAUGGAAGCCUUAGAAGGGCUGGAGUUUGAAACCGCUAAAAAGGCAUUUACCAGGGUACGAGACCUUAGAUAUCUAGAAUUAAUCAGCAGCAUAGAGGAGCGGAAGAAGCAUGGAGAGAACAACAAUGAACUGUUCCUAGCAGAUGUUUAUGCCUACCAGGGAAAAUUCCAUGAGGCAGCGAAACUGUACAAAAAGAGUGGCCACGAGAACCUAGCUCUCGAGAUGUACUCUGAUCUGCGCAUGUUUGACUGUGCAAAGGAUUUUCUGGCAUCUGGAGACCCCAAAGACACCAAGAUGCUAAUAAAGAAACAAGCAGACUGGGCCAAGAAUAUCAACGAACCAAAAGCAGCAGUGGAGAUGUACCUCUCUGCGGGCGAGCACAUGAAGGCCAUAGAAAUCAGUGGGGACCAUGGCUGGGUGGAUAUGUUAAUUGAAAUUGCUCGAAAACUGGAUAAAGCUGAGCGUGAGCCUUUGUCAAAAUGUGCCUUCUAUUUUAAGAAACUUGAUAACCCUGGCUACGCAGCAGAAACCUACAUGAAGGUUGGUGACCUGAAAGCGUUGGUCCAUCUCCACGUGGAGACUCAUCACUGGGAAGAAGCAUUUGCUUUGAGUGAAAAGCAUCCUGAAUUCAAAGAUGAUGUCUAUGUCCCUUAUGCUCAGUGGCUAGCAGAGAAUGAUAGGUUUGAAGAAGCCCAAAAAGCAUUUCACAAGGCUGGCAGGCAGAGCGAAGCUGUGAGAGUGCUGGAGCAGCUCACACACAAUGCUGUGGUUGAAAGCCGAUUUAACGAUGCAGCCUAUUAUUACUGGAUGCUUUCCAUGCAGUGUUUAGAUAUAGCCCAAGAGAAUGAACAACAGAAGACUGAAAUGUUACAGAAGUUUCACCGCUUCCAGCAUUUGGCAGAAGUUUACCAUGUCUAUCACUUUAUUCAAAGAUACACUGAGGAGCCUUUCAGUUUCCACUUGCCUGAAACCCUCUUCAAUAUUUCCAGGUUUCUGCUUCACAGCUUAACAAAGGAGACUCCUUUGGGGAUCUCAAAAGUCAAUACGUUAUUUGCCCUGGCAAAACAGAGUAAAGCUCUUGGUGCAUAUAAACUGGCUCGCCACGCCUAUGACAAGUUACAGGGACUGCAGAUCCCAGCUAGGUUCCAGAAAUCGAUUGAGCUGGGCAGCCUGACAAUCCGGUCCAAGCCAUUCCAUGACAGUGAAGAGCUUGUGCCCUUGUGUUAUAGGUGCUCUACCAACAACCCUUUGCUAAAUAACCUGGGGAACAUCUGCAUUAACUGCAGGCAACCUUUCGUCUUCUCUGCUUCCUCCUAUGAAGUUCUGCAUCUGGUCGAGUUCUAUUUGGAAGACGGCAUCACAGACGAAGAAGCCAUAGCUCUCAUUGAUCUUGAAGCUCCAAGAUCGAACAGAAGAGCGAGUAAAUGGCAAGAGGUGAUGAGUGACCAUGCACAGAGUUUGAAGCUCGAUGACACUACGGAUGUUAUUGAAGAGGAUGAUCCCUUUACAGCAAAACUGAGCUUUGAGCAAGGAGGCUCAGAGUUUGUUCCAGUGAUUGUGAAUCGUGCUGUUCUCCAGUCAAUGAGCCGGAGGGACGUCCUGAUUAAACGCUGGCCGAAGCCACUGCGCUGGCAGUACUACCGUUCCCUGCUACCAGACGCCUCCAUUACCAUGUGUCCGUCAUGUUUUCAGAUGUUUCACACAGAAGACUAUGAGCUGCUCGUACUCCAGCAUAAUUGCUGUCCGUUCUGUCGACGGAGAAUAGAUGAGUCAAACCAAUGAAGAAAAACAAUCUUAUACCUCAACUGACAGACUUCCCU